CGGGACGCGGUCUGUUUGUAAACAGACAAGCUGACGGGCUAUGGGGGGCUGGGCGCAGCAAUUCUGCUGACUUGCACCAGAAUUACUAGUAUCAUUUAUAUAUGACAGAAUUAUUUAGUGCACGAUGGCUGGAUUUGGCUUAGAAGAAAUCGGCAUCCCAGGAGGGGUGUAUCUUAAGGAGUCACUCACACACUGUACAGAUCCUCUAAAGGCUAUAGAAGAGUUUCAGGUAGAAAAUGGAAUCCUUCUGCCAUCACUCAGACCCAUGCUGCACCUUUUGGACCUGCAUGGAGUCAAACGACUUGACUUCCACAAUUCUAUCAUGGAGGAACUACGAGACAAGUUAAUAUCUCAGAUUACUGAAUUAGGAAAACGUGAGGGCAGAGAUAGGGACCGUAAACUGAAGGAGCUACUCACCAAAAGUUUUCCUGUGAUCAAGAUUAAAGCUCUUCGUCCUGUUGUCAUGUGCAUACUGAAGCACAUGUCUCAUGUUGAGGACAAGUAUCUGAAAAUAUUGGUACGAGAUAGAGAGCUAUACGAAGCAUGUGACACAGAGGUUAAACGUCAGAUAUGGAAGGAUUCACAAGCACUUUUUGGAGAUGAAGUUUCUCCUCUAUUAACAGGCUACAUUACAAGCAAAGAAGACACUCUCUUUAAUGUAGAAAAUCUUAAUAAUUUAUUUUUUAGUCCUUCACCAAAGGCUCGUCGUCAAGGUGAGAUGGUGCAGAAGCUAGUGCACAUGAUUGGCAAGAAUGUGAAGUUGUACGAUAUGGUUCUUCAGUUUCUACGCACCCUCUUCCUUCGGACACGAUUCAUUCAUUAUUGUUCUCUACGAGCAGAGCUACUUAUGGCAUUACAUGACAAAGAAGUCCAUGAUAUAAUUGCUGUUGAUCCAUGCCACAAGUUUACUUGGUGUUUGGAUGCUUGUAUCAGAGAAGGCAAGGUAGAUGCCAAAAGGUCUCGUGAACUACAAGGAUUUUUGGAUAGUAUUAGACGUGGUCAGGAGCAAGUUUUAGGGGAUCUUUCGAUGAUUUUGUGUGAUCCUUAUGCUAUCAACUUCUUGGCCAACUCUGUUAUACGACUAUUGCAACACCUUAUGAAUAAUGAAGCCAUGCCAAGGGAGAAUUCUGUAUUGGUGUUAAUGCUGCGAAUGUUGGCAUUAGGAUUACACAGUUGGGAUAUGAUUGAGAGUCAGUUAUUUCGAGAGCCUAAGCUGGACCCUCAAAUUGUUACAAAAUUUUUGCCAGCCCUGGUGUCUUUGAUGGUAGAUGAUGAUGUAAGAAGAUUUAAUGCCAAGCUACCACUGGAUGAAAGAGAAUCUGCAAUCACCAUUAUUGAACAUUCUGGUCCUCCUCCAGAUGCGUACCAAGCUUAUCUCCAGGAGAGUAGUGUUGCUUGCAUAUUGGCUAUGUAUUACACCCUCCAUACUGCCACUCGCAAGGACAAGACUGCUCUCAUGCGCGUGUUGGGAACACUUGCAACGUGUCACCAAGACAGAGCUUUUCAAGACACCUUUCUUCAUUCCUUGGUUGCAGCAUUGAUCCCCAUGUCAGAUGACUUCACAACAGAGGAUUUCUGCACUGUAGUAUUUGAUGAAUUUUUCUUUACAAAUAUCAACCGGGAAAAUGUCAUGCGACAUGUAAUGAAACUAGUGUGGUACAUUCACCCAAAGCUUCCACCUGCUCGCCUUGACACCCUUCAAAAGGUUCUUCAACCUGGACCUCAUCAGGGUGAAGCAAUUCAGGCACUCUAUGAGAAGUUUCAGACAAGAGUGCAGGAGUUCCAGGAUGUUCAGAAUCAGCCAGCACCCAUGAACGAAAUGGACUCCCCACUCAUGGCUGUGCCCACUCCAGCCCCAAUACAGUAACAGCCUAGGUAUUUACUACAUCUGUGAUGCCGUGUUCCCUAUGGGAACUCCUCUUACAUGUGGAGCCGAUCCAUAAUUCUUUCCAGACAGCUGCUCUCGAGUUGAGGUUUGAGAAGUGAAAUCUCUCCAUGAUACAAGUGGCAUUCUCAUGGGCAACUAAGCCUAUCUAAACUAUAAAACUUCCAUGUGGGUGUUUGUCACAACUUUAUUUUCUAAACAUUAAUAGUACUAUACAGUUUAAACUUAAUGUAUCAAAAUUGUAGUGUGCACUGUAAAAAAAAAAAUAGUUAUGGCUAAGUAGCACAUGGAAUUGUUUGUAAUGUUUAAUUAAAAAUUUCAGCGUUAUAUUCAGAUAUAGGUUAUGACAUUUAUCUUUAUAUUUUUCCUUCUAACAUAUAGACUAGAUGAAAACUGGCAUUUUUUAUAAAUACAGGAUGAUUGCACACUAUUAAUAAAUGUAUACAUCACCACCGACUGAAAAGAGCAUUCAAAAUAUCAUGUUGCAAUUGUGAAACAUGUAUCAUAUGAAACUGUUCUUUGUUCAUACUGGUGUAGGGGAAGGUGCUGAAGUAGUGCAGAGUCCAGCCUGGAGUCACCUCUCAAAAGGUCAAACACUCAAGUCCCUUGCGACAUCUCUAGUAUUGUCAAGUUAAGCUCUUACUGCCACAAGAUGACAGUACUUAAUGACUGGGCCAGUAAGACUGGAUUCAAUUAUGGUAUUUUUUUAAUCCUUUGAAGCUAUACAAUGGACCCAUACUUAUUUGUACCUGUACUCACUUCUGCAGUACAAUGUUCAUAUGCAUGCAAAAAAGUUAGCGUGUCUUCAUUUAAACAAUUGCUGAACGAAGCCUAUUUAUCAGCCUUGUAGAAAUUUUAGCCCAAUUUUUUUUUAGUUUUUUGUCUGCAAUCAAAACUUACCUUUUUAUGUUGAUUGUACCAGUAUGAAUCCUCAAACUUAUCAGCCAGUACCUUCACUCUCCAGCUGUAAUCAUUUGUUGAUAUGAAAGGCUAAAUUGGUAUAUAAAUAGCGAAGUACAGUAUAUUGAUAUUACUGUACUUAAACACAUUUUUGUACAUAUCACUUGCAAUAAGGAUCCCAGAUAUAUCGAUAAAAAAGACAACAUUCCUAAAAAUUCUGACUGUAAAUACAAUCUGGAACAAAUUGCAUUGUACAUUAAAUUGCUUUAUCCCUUCA